AUGGGUACUCUGUUCCUCAUUUUUCUUCUCUCUCUGGCCAUUCAUUCUCCACCUUCGUCUUCAACCUCCGACUCUUUGAGUUUGAGCAGAGGCUCCUCCCUCUCUGUUGAGAAACCAGAAGAUGUGUUAGUUUCAGCUGAUGGUGUUUUCACUGCUGGCUUUCACCAAGUCGGCAACAACUCAUUUUGCUUUGCCAUUUGGUUCACCGAGCCUUCAUCAUCUGACCACUACCAAAACCGCACAAUAGUUUGGAUGGCCAACCGAGACCAACCGGUGAAUGGGAAACGCUCAAAGCUCUCCCUCCUAAAAACUGGUAAUCUCAUCUUAACUGAUGCUGGUCAGUCCAAUGUUUGGGCCACAACCACCACUUCACUCUCGCCAGUGCACUUAACCUUACAAAAUUCUGGUAGCCUGGUUUUACAGAAGUCGGAUCAUUCUGUUUUAUGGCAAAGCUUUGAGUUCCCAACUGACACCCUUCUUCCGCACCAACCACUCACCAGGAACACAAUUCUUGUCUCCAUGAGAAGCCAGACCAACUUCUCCUCUGGUUUCUAUAAGCUUUUCUUCGACAAUGACAACCUCCUCCGUCUACUCUAUGAUGGCCUUCAGACUUCAAGUGUCUAUUGGUUUGAGCCAUGGCUUGCAGGCCAGGAUGCUGGAAGGUCCACAGACAAUAGCAGUAGAAUUGCAGUGCUAGAUUCAUUGGGCAAUUUUACUUCAUCUGAUAAAUAUACACUAAUGGCAGCUGAUUAUGGUGCGAAGUCACAGAGAAGAUUGACUGUUGAUUCUGAUGGAAAUGUUCGGUUGUAUAGCAGGAAAAAGCCCGGAGACAAAUGGGCUGUUUCAGGGCAAGUCAUUUCCGAUCCAUGUAAGAUUCAUGGCGUUUGUGGAGUUAAUAGCGUCUGUAGCUAUGAUCCUGGUCAUGGUAGGAAAUGCUCUUGCAUUCCAGGUUACCGUUUGAUCAACCAUACUGAUUGGAAUUAUGGUUGUGAGCCUCAAUAUAAUUACACUUGCAGCAAAGGUGAGUCCACUUUCUUUAAACUUUCAAAGCUUGAGUUUUUCGGGUAUGAUUAUGGCUACUUCACGAAUUACACCUACGAGGAUUGUGAGAACUUGUGCUCGAAACUAUGCAACUGCAAAGGAUUUCAGUACUCUCGUAUCCCUGGCAAACCGACUUAUAGCUGUUACCCGAAGACGGUGUUACUCAAUGGAUACAGAUCACCUAGCUUUUUUGGAGACUUGUAUUUGAGAGUGCCCAAAAACCAUUUAUUAUCUUACCAGAAGCCCCAAGAAGAGUAUAGGUUAAAUUGCCUAGGGACAGUUGUUGGUCUAGAUAGAAAUUAUGUAAAAGCCAGUGUAACUGGUUCAGUGAAGUUCCUAUUGUGGUUUGCCUGUGGAGUUGGAGGGUUUGAGAUCAUUUGUAUCCUUCUGGUUUUGGGAUUAUUACGUAGUACCAAGCCAAAUUCCAAUGAGGAUAUGCAGGGCUACGUACUUGCGGCAACAGGAUUCAAAAGAUUCAGCUAUGGGGAGCUGAAGAAGGCGACGCGGGGUUUCAGUGAAGAGAUCGGAAGAGGAGCUGGAGGAAUUGUGUACAAAGGUGUAUUGGCUGAUCAAAGAGUUGUAGCAAUUAAGAUGCUUAAUGGGGCUGACCCAGGAGAAGCUGAAUUUCUAGGUGAAGCUAACACCAUUGGGAGGCUGAACCAUAUGCACUUGAUAGAGAUAUGGGGAUUUUGCUCAGAGGGAAAGCACAGGCUUCUUGUUUAUGAGUACAUGGAACAUGGUUCCUUGGCACAAAAUUUGUCUUCUAAUGUGCUUGAUUGGGAAAAGAGGUUUAAGAUUGCCGUGGGCACAGCAAAAGGCCUUGCUUAUCUGCAUGAGGAGUGCUUGGAGUGGGUUUUACACUGUGACGUUAAGCCUCAAAACAUACUCUUAGAUUCUAAUUACCAACCAAAAGUAGCAGAUUUUGGCCUCUCCAAGCUAUUCAACAGGGGCGGCCUUAAAAAUUCAAGUUUUUCAAGGAUAAGAGGAACCAGGGGUUACAUUGCUCCAGAGUGGGUGUACAAUCUACCUAUUACAUCAAAAGUGGAUGUAUACAGCUAUGGGAUUGUUGUGUUGGAGAUGGUGACCGGAAAGAACCCGACAAUGGGCGUGGAUGUCAUUGAUGGUGAGCAAAGAAGGCUGAUCAUGUGCGUGAGGGAGAAGGUAAAUGGAACUAUUGAUAUUGCGUCAAGGAUGGGAGAGAUCAUAGACCCUUCUUUUGAAGGUAAUUAUGAUGUGAAAAAGAUGGAGAUUUUGUUGGAAGUGGCUUUACAUUGUGUCGAGGAAGACAAAGAUGCAAGACCUACCAUGAGCCAAGUCGUUGAGAUGCUUCUGCAGCUUGAGAAAGACGAAUCUCAUUAG